GUCUGAAAAUCCAUUCAUCGGAGUCGGCAGCACAGGAAGAAAAGCUAAGCGAGCUGACAUCAGGGCAGAGAGCGAAAACAGACAGAUGCAUUAGUUAUUGUUAAUGAAAUAACCCAGCUGUCUCUAAGAAAUUCCCAUAUUCCUAGCCAUGGAGUUAUCUGAAAUACUGUACAACAAAGCGGAGUACAUUGAAACGGCUUCUGGCAACAAAGUGAGCAGACAGUCAGUGCUCUGUGGGAGUCAAAAUAUCGUCCUUAAUGGCAAAACUAUCGUGAUGAAUGACUGCAUUAUCAGAGGCGACCUGGCUAAUGUCAGGGUGGGCAGACACUGCGUGGUGAAGAGCCGGAGCGUCAUUAGACCGCCUUUCAAAAAGUUCAGCAAAGGAGUGGCGUUCUUCCCGCUGCACAUUGGAGACCACGUCUUCAUCGAAGAGGACUGUGUGGUCAACGCUGCACAGAUUGGUUCCUACGUCCACAUUGGCAAGAAUUGUGUCAUAGGUCGUCGCUGUGUGCUGAAGGACUGCUGCAAGAUCCUAGACAACACCGUGCUCCCUCCUGAGACCGUGGUGCCGCCUUUUACGGUCUUCUCUGGAUGCCCAGGUCUGUUUUCAGGAGAGCUCCCAGAGUGCACACAGGACCUGAUGAUUGAUGUAACCAAGAGCUACUACCAGAAGUUCUUGCCCCUCAGCCAGAUCUGAGUGUUCUCCCGAAAACCUUCAGCUGGAUCCAUACCUUUUUCAGCCUGUUUCAGAUCGGUGUUUGGGUCUCUCACCAGACUGAAAAGGACUCUGAGAUCUCACCUUCUAUUCUUCUGUUGCUAGAGGGCCCGAGUUUCUCUGCCCAAAGAAAAAAGAAUUGGUCCUAUUAAGAACCCUUAAAUUUAUCUUGUCUUUGAUUAUUAGAAAAGAACACAAUGAAUACAAUCUGAUAUAGCUGCAGACGGCAGUUUUGCAGCUCCAGAUUGCAUGGAAAUCCAGAAGUCUUCUGAGGCACACUCAUGUUUACCAUCCCAGCUUGUCUCAGAUGCAUUCAAGGAGUGCAGAUAAAAACCCUCAAUCUACAGGCACUACAGUUUUAGAUAUCUUUUAAGUUUAGAUUUUCCAGUGAAAUGUGUUAUAUAGUCUGGUCAGGGUGCUGUGGAGAAACUCGAGGACCCCUGUGUGGCUGGCUGUGCUCUCUGACAGCAGCUGUAGGCGAAGAUGAGGAGAUGGAGGAGUUACAAGAGGAAGGAGGUGAAGAGCGGAGGUGUCUGAGGAAUGUGGGAAUGUGUAAAAUACCACCCAUGGACCAAAACACAGCAACAACAGUUGUUUGAGGAUACUGGCUAUACAGGCUCAUUAUUUAUGUGCACAGAUCAUUUGGGCAACAGAGCAGUACAAAUGAACAAUUCAUGCAACGCAUUUUGUCGUUUUAGUUUCUGUCAUUUUAUUUUUGAUGUUGAAGAUUGUGUGUUUGCUGGCUUCCUCCUUCACUGGCUUAUGUAAUUUGUUAUGAAACUUAUUUAAUACAGUGUUGAUUUUUAUUUCAUUACGUUUCACGUGAUCAGCCGUAAUGUUGCUGUUUGCAGGACAGCCCUCUUGUGCUUUGUCAUUUUAUCUAUGACCAUACACAAAAAAACAGUCAACAUCUGAAAUAGUUCAGCAAUUAAAAAAAUUAUGUGAACAUC